AAUGUUCGAACUGGAAUCUUUUAAAUUUUUUGAAAUUUCGUCAAGAGGAAGAUAAUUGGUCAGCUGAUAAACAGAAAGAGCAUAGCACAUACACCAAGACUUUGGGCAAGAUUACGGGCAGUAAUUCAGAUGAACUCCGAUCUAAAGCACUUUCCGCUUUGAGAAACUUUCCAGAAAUGCAAAAUAGUAGAGAAAUUAAGAACUUCUGGGAAGGUGUGGAAAUGUUAAAUAGGCAGGGUGAGAUUAACGAUGCAAGGAGAAAAUACCUUGAUAAUCUUGAAAUGUCUACCUAUGAUAUACUAGAUGUUACGAGAAUACAUGUUAUUGAAGAUUCCACAACUGAAAUCAGAAAGCGCAAGCCAACAGAAAAUAUCAAAGACAAGACUCCAACCAAGAACGUUCGUUAUUGUAAAGGAAAUAGUUUAAACGAAAUAACCAGUGAUGAAACACCUAUUGAAGUAACUGAUACAGAAAAAAUAGAAUCAAAGUCAAUACUUUCAUGGAAACAUGUUAUCGACAAAGUAACAAUUUCUGAUAAAUCAGACCGUGAUUGGUUAGUCAGUGAAUAUAAUAUUUCUAAAGAUUUUCGAGCCUUCCAAAUAAACACAGUUGAAAGAUUGAAGAAUAACCCAACAUUCUCCUAUGCAACUGAUGUUGACGAAAUCUUGGAGAAGCCGGAAUAUAUAAAAUGUGCUGAUCAAGUUUGGAAAGACGCAUCGCAUAGACCUCUGACCCCUGUAACAUUGCCUGUUAAUGUCCAGCUAAUCAUAAUUGAAUAUAAUACACUUUUAAAUGAUAGGGAGACGUUAAGAGAGAGAUGGCGCCAAAAUUGGACUAAAUGCGAUGCUUCGAUGACUAAGGAAGAAGCUAAAAUGUUUGAAUGUGUGCAACUCGUAACUAGAAAUUUCAACACCGAUAAUAAUACCAUGGAUGAAGACACUUUUGUUCAUAGAUACUGUCACUUAGUGUUAGAGGAAAUUUUUAAUACAACGGAUUAUAAACUUCUAUGGGCAAAUGGAGAAUCUAGUAGUUCAAGAGAACGACGAAAAACUGAUGAUAAGAAACAUGGACGGAAACCAGAUUUUCGUGUACUCUUUGAAGGGAAAAAUGAAAUUAUCUUUGGAGAAGUCAAACCGCCUCGUACUACAAAUAGUGUAAUAAAUCAUGCUUUGAUCAAACUUGGUGAAUUUAUGAAAGGAUCAUUAGAUUCCCUACACAAUCGUUUUGGGUAUUCUUCAUGCUCGGAGACAUUUGGAAUCAUCAUUAAAGGAUACCAAAUCGAGCUGUUUAGCAUGGACCUUGCAUUUGACGGAUUAUAUCGUUUCAAGCAAAUUGGAAAGAUGCUAUUACCUACAGAAGAUGCUAAUUUUUUAAAUCUAGUUUCUGUUGUCUCAACCUUUUAUGGUUUGUUGGAAAAAGUCAAUCGUUCUAUUGAUGCAUUUAAUGAACCAUCUACACCUACCAACCGGCCGUAUCAUAGAUUAUCAAAUUCAUCUCCUAACAAAAUUCCAGUUUUAGAAAUUCCGUGUUCU